AUGGAUCUGCAACAAAAGGAAGGCGUAGCCCAGAGCCAGCGGCAGAAAUCAAGGGAGCCGGAGAGCUCCGAUGAGGAGAUGGACAGCCUCGUUGUUCGCAUGAAGCAAAGGAUGUUCUUCCCCAAAGCCAAGAGGGCCGGGAACCAGCAAAGCCCCCGUGAGGAGAGAGGCCUGGGGUCUUCUCGUGAAAGCCCAGCCACCGCUGCGAAGAGAAAGGGCAGCCUUCCCUCGACACCCGGAAUCCCUGCUCCUGGCACCCUGCGUUCCCUCGGGGCUUCUAAGAGCAAGGCCCUCGUGGAUAUUACUCAGUCGGUUACUCGGAUGCAAAUGAGGGGACCCUGUCGUGUCCAGGGCUGCUUCCUGCAGGAGUUGUCAGACCCAGAAUCCCAACUAGCAAAACAUUUCCGGAGCAAAAAAGAAGAGCUGUCUCAAAGGCUGUAUUCUUUUUACAACCGUUCUGUCUUUGAGGGAAAGCUGCCAGAGAGGAUGGAGAUUAUCUGGAACAAGAAAAUGCAGAAGACAGCAGGGUGCUGUGUAACUGGCCAGGUGAAGGACCCAGAGACACAGCGUUAUGCCAAGAUAAUGCUCUCGGAAAAAGUCUGUGAUUCUGCAGGUAGGGCCUCUUGCUUCUCUGACUGUGGAACGGCUGUGGUCACAGACUGCAUGGAUGCGAAGGCCGACUCUCUUCCGUAG